CUUCUCUGCUGACUGACAUUCGACGGCUCAGCUCGCCUUCUCCACUCCUAUGUCAGCUCCUUCUAAUCUGCCGGCACUUUUCGCCCUAAUCGAUUUAGCGUUCGGCGAUUCCGCUCGUCGCCCCCCUUCCCGAUUCCCUUCAUGUCUUCCCAAGCCCCCACGUAGCCCCCUGUCCUCCGGCCGCAGGAGGAAUGAGAAGAGCCGCCGCUGACGGAGCACCGUGCCGGAAGGUCCGAGUCCCCACGCCAUGACACGGCGGGCUUUGGUGCGUCACGCUGGCGCCCCCGCGCUGCUGCUGCUCCUGCUCUGCUGCCCCAGGCGGGGGCCUGUGGCGUGGGGUGCCAGUCUCACAGGUGCCAAGGCCGGGCACCCGGGGGUUUGCCCCAACCAGCUGAACUCCAAUUUGUGGGUAGACGCGCAGAGCACCUGUGAGAGGGAGUGCCUGGUGGACCAGGACUGUGCCGGGAUGGAGAAGUGCUGCACAAAUGUGUGUGGACUGAAGAGCUGUGUGGCUGCCCGCUUCUCAGAAAGCCCUCCUGGUAAGCCAGAUCAUCAGAAAGCUGGAGGAAGCCUCGGCAACACGGGAGCCUCUUGGGGGUCCAUAAGUUGCCACAGUUUUAUGUGCAGUCAGCAGGGCUCCACUUGUGACAUCUGGGAAGGUCAGCCCAUCUGCAAGUGCCGGGACCGUUGCGAGAAAGAGCCCAGCUUCACCUGCGCCUCAGAUGGUCUCACGUACUUCAACCGCUGCUACAUGGACGCCGAGGCCUGCAUCCGCGGGGUUACGCUAACGGUGGUCACCUGUCGCUAUCACCUCUCCUGGCCCCACACCAGUCCCCUGCCCUUGGACACCACCACCAACCCUACUCCCACCACCUUCCACGAGGAUCCUUUCCCUCCUGCCCUUUACCACAAUCCCACCCACCAGUCUGUCUACCUGGGGGGCACAGUCAGCUUCCACUGUGAUGUGGUGGGCAGUCCCAAACCAGACAUUACCUGGGAGAAGCAAACGGACCGCCGAGAGAGCCUGAUUAUGAGGCCUGACCAAAUGUAUGGCAACCAGGUGGUCACCAACAUCGGCCAACUUGUCAUUUACAAUGCCCAGCCGGGGGACUCGGGCAUCUACACCUGCACGGCGCGCAAUGUGGUUGGCAUUCUCCGUGCCGACUUCCCCUUGUCUGUUAUUCGCCGCACAGAAGAGGAGGAGAGCUUUGAGGACAGCCUGGCAGGAGACAUGAGGCGCCCUUUCAGUCCUGGAGACUGCAUGGCCGAGGUGGACAGACGCGUCUGUGGAGAGCAGCAUGUCGACUGGUACUACGACUCCAAGAGAGCCGGCUGUUUGACUUUUACUUUUGGGGGCUGCAAUGGAAGUAGAAAUCACUUUGAGACCUAUGAGGAAUGCCACGCCACCUGCCAUCGCAAUGGCAUGAACAUCUGUAAUCUGCCAGCUGUUCAGGGACCCUGCAAAUCCUGGGAGGCCCGCUGGGCAUACAACUCCCUCAUGAAGCAGUGCCAAGCCUUUGUUUAUGGGGGCUGUCAGGGAAAUGGCAACAACUUUCGCAGCCAAGAGGAGUGUGAAGAUAACUGCCCUCUGCCCAAAGGUCGGCCCUGCAAGCCCUGCCGGCCAAAGGCCAAGAUGGUGCCAAGCUUGUGUCGCAGUGACUUUGCCAUUGUCGGUCGAGUGACAGAAGUCAUCGAGGAUCAGGACACGGGCAUUGCCCGCUUCCGGCUAGAAGAGAUUCUACGUGAUGAGAAGAUGGGCCUGGCCUUCUUUAACACUCGCCACUUGGAGGUAACUCUGGCCAAAGUGGACUGGAGAUGCCCGUGUCCCAAUGUAACAGUGGAGGAAAGCCCCUUAAUUGUGAUGGGCGAUGUCCAGGAUGGCAUGGCCAUACUUCAGCCGGACAGCUAUGUGCGACCGGUCAAUGACAAACGGCUGAAGAAGAUUCACGAGGUUCUGGAAAAGAAGACGUGCGAGUUACUGCAGAGAUUUCAGGAUUAACAAGACGGAGGGCGCGAG